UUAUUCAAAUUAGAUAUUACUUGAUUCUAAAGAUGUUUACGAAAUUUUAAGUUUGAUUUUCACAUAGUGUUGAUGACGGAAUAUGUUAGCUACAGACACAUUAAUAAAGGAUGAUACAUUUUUACAUUUAGCAGGAAAAUAAUUUCAGACAGAUGGACUGAUGGACACAGGCAUGGACAGACUAUAACCAAAACAAUAGUGUGGGGAUAAAAAACAAUUUUAACUAAAAAGCUACCAGAAAUUACAUGCAUGAUUAACAGAUAAAGAAAUACUUUGUAACAAAAGUAAAGGGACUUCUCAUGCAGUUACAAGUCUGAAGAAAAAUUUCAUUCUGGAGUGCUGUAUCAGACUGAUUCAAGAGUGAUUUACAAAACCCGAAUGGAAUCAACACAGUGCUCCAAAGUUGGAACCUGAAGUGUGUGCAGAAAAAAAACAGAGUCAGUGUUUCAAACCAGCACCAGUUGUGAAAACCUACAGGACAGUUUCUGCAAAUGUAUUUAGUUUACAAUUUAUUGUUUUAAACUUGACAGAAAAGAGAAUAAUUACGAGUGAUAAUAAUAAAUCUGUAUGAAAAAAAAAAACAUAAGACAGACACAUAUAGAGAACUUGGAAUGACUGAAAAGGGUGCAAAACUCUAACCCACAGUAAUGAAUAGGGGUCAUCAAUCUUGAGCACAAACAAAAGAUGUAAAGGACAUUAAACAAUGACUUUUUUUCAAAUGGAUAUAAAGUAAUAAUGCAAACAUAGGCAGGGAAUCAUUUACUGUGUGACAUUAUCAACCAAUACUUUAUGACCCAGCUUUAUGAACAAAAAGCAAUCUGGCAUAUCAUUUAAGCAAGAUAUUAACUUAUCUGAAUGAUACUAUAUCUAGAUUAGUAUCAUUCUUAUGUGCUUUAAAUUCAGUAAAAUCACAAUUUUUGGGAAUUUUAGUAUCAAAUAUGGAGUAAACUGAGCAUAAAAGACCCAAAAUAUUACUUCAUACAGCUAUGCAAGUUGCUGAUAAAGAAUUCUGGAUUUACCGAUAAAGUAAGAGUUUAAAACAGUUUUAAAGUUACUUCACAAUAGUUUGAAGUAAUGGACAAGUCACAUGGUCAGUGAUAAGGUGAAUUUUCAAUUUAAAACGAAAUUUUUGAAGUCAUUCAAAAACGGGAAAAUAAAUUGAAAAGGAAUACAUUUGUGGAUUAAGAUAACUUUCGAAAUGUAAAAUUUUGAAAAAUACGGCAACUUGAAGUACCUUGUAGCAUAUUUUCUUGUACUGAUUAGAUACCAGGUCUGGUUUUUAUGGAUUAAAAGGGCAGUUUGGAACAUGACAAGUGCCUGUUAUCAGAAUUACUUUAGAAUAUUAAUAACAAAUUAAGUUGGAGAAUAACAUGACAUAAUAAAGUGAAAAGCCUGGAUCAAGAGAUCUUACGAAAAGCAAAUGAAAAUUAAAGAGCGUUCAAUUUAUUAAGUAAAAUGUAAUAUAUCAUAUAACGAAGGAAGAUUUCACUGUUAAACAGUCUUAUAUUUCAAAAGCUUAUACAAUUGCAAUAUACACAGCUUGCAAAGGAAUAUAUAGAGGAAUAUAAAGUUACUCAAAGUGUUCAGUUCAAAGCAACAGCAGUAUAAAUCUGUAUAGAUCAUAAUUCAAAGUUCGGAACCAACUCAGAUUGGAAUAAAUAAUCAUCAAAGGUGAAACAAUACUGAUGUAUCAUUACUGAUAUUACAGAGACCUAUACAUUUAAAGAUACAACAAUCCUAAACAGAAUUCACGGAAAUUUCUCGUCAUUACAAGUGACUUCUCUUCAGUAUGGUUAUGGAGUAAUAUUUCUUACUACAAUCCAUAACUACACAAUUAAGAUCAAUGUAAACUCUCAAUUGGGAUUUUAGCUAACCAAUUAGCAUAGCAGCAAUUUUUAUAAUACUAUGGAACUAUGGAUGUCACUGACCCAUGAGGAAUGACUGACAAUAGAUUUCUCUACUAUUUAUGCGAAAUUUAUCAAAUACGCUAUUGACAAGGUAUCUCUGACCGAAUCAUACUGGAUGAUUUUUUCAGAAAUGAAUACAAAUGUAAUUGAUUUCUGAAAGUAUAGCUUGUCAGGAUCAAAAAAAGGAGGUGUCACGCUAUUUCUAUUAUUUACGUGAAAAAAAAAGGAAAUUGAAUAAAACAGAUAUUGGCAAAGGAGCUAAAUGAAUGAACCUUUAUGUUUGAACAUACGAUAUAUUGUUAACUUUGUCGUCAGGAAUAAGAGUAAUUAUAUACCAAAGUGAUCGGAAGAUUGAAAGUAUUGGAAAUAAUUUCUACGGUGCAUUAAGUUUAUUUUCACAACUUUUGUAAAGGCAAGUUUAUUGCAUUAACAAAAACUGUGUUAAAAAUAAAGUGGGUGGAUUUUAUAAAUCUAAAUAAUUUCAUGCCGGUAAAAGGACACCAAGACUAUGUAGACCUUUCACAAAGAAGCAAUUUGAAACUUUAGAUGUUUUGACUAGAUAAAUAACAAUCAAGUGUAUAUAUUAAAUCACUGAAGGUUGAAGAAAACCCGGUUUAGUUAACCAGGAGUAAAAAAUAUUACCUAAAAUUACUAAAAAAAAACAACAGGAAAUGAGUGACAAUAACAAUGUUAUAAAUACUAAUGGGGUGAUGUGUAUCAGGGAAGUUAACACCUUCGUCUAGUAAAAUAGGCUAAUUCAACCCCACUGAAUAAUUCAACUCCACAGGCUAGUGAAAAUUUAUGACAAACAUUAGGAAACAAAUUAACUGAAAGGUCAAUUUUGACAUAAAAAUUGUAAUUUUCAAUGGCAUAGAGUUAUGAAUCGUGAAAGGUUACUAUAUAGGCAACUAUUGGAUUAAUUUCAGAGUUUUUGCCUCUGUUCCAAAAAUUUCAAAAUGUUUGGAAAUAAUAUGUAUGGACACUAUUUUCAUAUGGCUGGCCAAGCCAACCCUGGUUUUGGGACCUCUGGGUUUGGCAGUCAACAUGAACCACAAAGUGCUUUUGGCAGCACAAAGAAAGGACAAAGUGGAGCUUUCGGUCAAGCAAAUUCAUUUCCUGACCCUAAUGGAUUAAUGCAUCAUGGAUAUGACGGUGUCCAUCACCAUGGCCAUGGAAUUUUGCGGCAAAAUUCACUUCUGGGUGAAAUGACCCAGUCCAAAGCUGAACGCGCGAAAGGUAUUAAGCCAUGGGCAUUUUCCAGUAUAAGCUUCCCAGCUGGACAUGACGACAAUGUUCUAUCAAGCAUGUAUGAAAAACCAAUGGAAAAACCUAAACCUAAACCAGUGUUGGCUCGGCAACAGUCAAUGUCAGUGGCUGACAGCCUUGAAAAGAGAAGAGCUCCAAGUUUUAGUUCUGACCCAGAAAGGAUGAGAAGUCGAACUAUAAGUGCUUCUUCUUUGCCUUCUGCACGUCCAAAGGUAUCCAGAUCACUUUCAAUUGCAGAAGAUAUAACAGAGCCUGUGAAUAUGGACAUAGCAGCUCCUUUCCUCCGAAGACAGCAGUCUCUGGAUGUUGAAAAAAUGCGAAGAAAGUCACUACCAAAGAAACCACUGCUUCCACUGAACAUUCUGAAACAUAGACGCUCUUCUAAGGUCAAAGAGAAUUUGGAUAAAUCUGAAACAUCUAGCUUGCAAAUUCCAUCAAGGUCAAGAAGCAAUACCGCAGAAAGUCGGAAAUCAUCUAAAUCCUCUACCAGUUCACAGAAAUUAAGUCCAACCAGUCAAGAAAACUUUACACUAAAAGACAGUGAUAGUAAACCUCAAAAAGCAAAGGAAGAAGAAAAACUGAUUUUAAGUCUACUAAAUCCUGAAAUUCCAGAUGACAAUGUGUUUGAACCUAAAAAUUCACACGAAGAUAGCAUUAUCAAAAACGAAAAUGACACUCCAAAAAUGCAGACGGUGCAUGCAGAUGUUUCUCCAAUAAUAGAAUCUCCUACAAUGGUAAUCAAACGAGUGCACCAAUUACAGAGCAAGGAGCCUGAUACUGAUUCUAUUAAGUCAAACGAUUCUGGAAAAUUAACACCACAACAAACUAGAUCUAGAACAAGCAGCAAGUCAUCUAAAAAAUCAAGAUCACCCACAAGAAGUACUGCACUUCUUGCCCAAGGACCUAUUUUGGUAGCACCACAGAAACCAGCCGAUCAUUUAGACGGAACAUCAGUACCAUAUACAGACCAAACUGAUUCCGAUAACUCUGAUGUCUACUAUGAGUGUAAUAACCAAAGUCAAAAAAACUCUCCACGUAUAAUAAAAAAUGAAAACAUUUCAGCAGUGAAGAGUAAGAAAAGAUCUGUCAAGAAACCAAGAGAUACAUGCAGUUCAAGCACAUGCACAGAUGGAGAGGAUACAACUUCAACAUGUGAAACUCCACCAAGAUCCACAUUUCGCGAUAUUCAACAGAAACAUCGUCCUGAAGCUCAAAAUGAACUGGACAACUGUUCGAGGGAUAAUGACUUUAUGCCACAAGACAUACAUGAAGCUGAAACUCUAAGAGUAAGAGACAAAGGUUUCCAGGGCAAACAUAGAGAAAAACCAAGUCUGAAAAGACUAUCAGAUAACUAUUCAUUUUCUAGAAAAAUGCACGAGACAAGUGACGAAGAUAAUACUAAAAUACCUAGUAAUGAAUUACUUGUUCCAAAUUAUGCACCAGUUUUAAAAGCUGAACCUGGAUCUAAAGAAACUUUAAACAAUGACAAUGGCACUGCUGACAGUUCAGAGAGUGGCUAUGCUACAAGCUAUAUUCCUACUUCUCCUAAAAGCUAUGAUCAUAUUAAAGUAUCUCAGUUUGUAAAUUCUCUUCCAAAUUAUCCAGACAUGGAUGAGCACAGAUCUGAAAGCAGUCAUAACGAUGGUGUUCUAAAUGGUUCAGAAACUGAAAGUGAUCUUGAUGAUGAUAAUAAGAUCCAUAACUAUCCACCAGCUGACUUAGAUCUAACAAGUGUGAACUGUGCAAGUGGAAGUGACUCUGAAAAUGAAUCAGUCAAAACUGAUGCCUCUAUUUCCAAGCUAGAGGUAAUGAAAAUUCUUGAAAGCCCAACAGAUGUAAGAGUAAGAGUAACCGGUGCAAUCAAUGGAAAAGCAAAUGGUAAGUCACAUGCAAGAUUUGAGGACACUCAACCAAAAUGUUCUAACAUAAGGAAAGGAAGUAAUGCUUCUGAAACUGAACUUCUCAAACUGGUAAAGGCAGACAAAGAUGAAUUUACAGAUGGGGCACCAGAAAAAAUUGAGAAGAAGAAACAUGUUGAGGUAAACAGUGUUGUGGUGAGUACAGACUCACCUUUAGGUGAAGGAGCUGAAACCAAACUACUGCAGCACCAAGAAAAACAACCAACUUCAUUUGCAACUUCCAUGAUUGAGAAGUUUAGCUUUCGCAGAGAAUAUUCCUCACUUUAUCAAAGCAAAUCAACAAACUGUAUAGAUGGACUGUUACAUUUUCUGAACCUUUUGUUGUUCCUUUCAAGUGCAGGGGUUAUUGGCUUAGGGAUUUGGCUACAACUGAAAGACUUCAAUGUGAAUGACAUUACCAUGAUCCUUGGUAAUAAUCUACUGCAAAUUAUUACCUAUGUGGCAAUAGCAGGUGCAGGAGUGGCAUUAUUAGCAGCAUGUUGUUUAUGUUGUGGAAUACGACAGGAUAAAUCUGGGUUGGGGUUCUAUGCAUUUGUUCUUGUAGCUGUUGUUAUAGCAUUUGCCAGCGCUGCUGUCUUAUGCACCAUAUUUUCUGACAAACUGAAAGGAAUAGAAUUUAGAUUUAAUUUUAAAGACAGGCUGGUUACAAUGUAUGGAGUAAAAGAGGGAGAUGUUAAAAAUCAGUUUUUUACAAGUGCUUGGGACAAUAUGCAAUCUGAAUUUGAAUGUUGUGGUGGUGACGGUAAUGGCAAUGACACUGAAUCAUGGCUAAUAUAUCGUAAAAGUGCCUGGUAUCUACAAUAUGCUGACAAAGGUACAAUGUUUGUACCAGAAAGCUGCUGUAAAAAGAAUUCAAACAUUCAAAUCUGCCAGGGUGGUGAUCCAGACUUACUUGGACCACCAAGAUAUGCUCCACCCAAAAAACUUAAGAAAUAUUACAAGGAGCUAAACCCAAACCUAAAUCACCAUGGCUGUUAUCCCAGUUUCUCUGGAUAUUUGUCAGAACUGUCAAUGUACAUUGCUAUUGUGUGUGGGAGUUUAGCAGGACUUUAUUUUCUCACUGUGAUGCUCACAUGGGUUUUCUGUUUCAAGAAAAGUCAGGAUUAUAAUGAAAGCUUCAUGGAUGACUCGUAUUAUGAUAUUGAAGACAAUGAUGAAGUUUUCAAUAGUGAAGACAGUAAUGCAAUGAACAAAGACAGGGAUGCCAAUCAUACAGUUGAAGAGACAAAGUUCAUAAACACACCAGUGAAAUCUGUCAACAGAGCACCUGAUAUCAUUCUAAAUGUUAACCUCAAAGUGAGAGACAGUGACACUAGUAGAAUGUAUGGAGGUUAUACUAGUAACAGCUAUGAUAGAGAUAACGAAAGUUCGGACGACAGUGAAAGUGAUGAUGAGAUUGAAUCUGGUCGAAGUACACCAAAGGAAGUGAUUGAUCGCAGAAACAUGUGGUUAUCAUCAGCAUCAACUGCAGGUCAUCUGUUGUCAAUUGCUAUAGAAGAAGAAGACAGCAAUUUUGAAGAUUCUGACGAUGAUAGAAAUAUUUCGGCAAAUGUUUAAUAUCUAAACAUGGUGCAUUGUAAGCACUGUAAUCAAAGUUAACUACAUGACUGUAUUGGAAUGAUAUAUUUAAUGAAUAAGCAAGUGACCUUAUUCGACCACUUGAUGUUAUCAUAUAUAUCCAGGAAAGUGAUUUCCUUGGGUAAUUGUUUGAAAGUGCUUUAAUUUCUAAUGUUAUUUUUUUGUACUUCCAGUAGUGUUUUAUUCUGAUGUUUUAACCACAUAACUGUUUCAGUAAAAAUUUGGGAAAGUGCUUUUUUCUGAUGUAACUGGUGUUAUAUUUAACUUUGGGAAAGUGCUUUUUCUGGUGAAACCGUUUUUACAUAAUUUUUGAAAUGUGCUUAAUGAUGUAUUAGUUUUUAAAUACAUCUGGGAAAGUUGUUUUACUGAUUCAUGAUUUUCUACUGUAAAAGUUACUGUUUUUCCUAUCAAAAUAGUGUCAAACCAAAAUUACUCCUUAAUAUGAACUGUACCGGCUGAGUGGCCACCAGUCCUCUAUUAAGCAGCCACUUGCCCGCAUCAGCCAGUCAGAUUACUUCUUAAAUUGAUUAAAUUUUAACUGCCUUAAGCAUCAAGUCGGUUAACUUGUCAAUUUGAUUUUUUAGUCCAAUUUUAACGUGUCUUAAGCAUUCAUUUGCUUUUGCAACAAGAUAGUUAACUUGUCAAAUUGACAUUUUAUUCUAAUUUCAACGAGUCUUUAGCAGCCACUUGCUUUAAGCAACAAGUCAGUUAACUUGUCCAAUUGCCAUUUUGUUCUUUUAAACUUGGCUUAAGCAGCUCGAUUGUGUCACUCCCUCAGAUAGCUGCUAAAUACAGGUCUGAAGGUACUGCAAUAUUAUUGUUGGAAAAAUACGGUUUCUUUAAAAAUCAAAGCAUAAAAUCAAUAAAAUACUACAAUUUUUGUUGAAUUAUUGGCAAGUCUGUCAAAUAUUGUACCUUGCCCUAAAUGACUGUUUCAACAAUUCUGUAUAUAUUAUGACUGCUUGAAAGUAUACAAUUACUUGCAAAUAGGAUUCAGCUUUGUUAUCUCAGUGUAAAUGAUACUAUGAACAUAAUGCUCCUAUUUCAGGCAGUUUUUUUCCCCUUUUAAUACUUAAAUUUUAGCAAUUUAUACAAUACAACCUCUGUUCUUAGUUUGAAAGUUUAGUACAAUGUAUCCCAACCCCUCAGUGUAUCAAAGUGCUACAGUUUUUGUUGGUUUUGAGUUUUGUCAUAAAAUACUUAAAUACAUAUAUAGAUAUAUAGUGUAUUUUCCUUGUUUAAAAAAAUUGGCACUGUACACUAAUUACACCUUAUCUAUGUGAUAUGAUUGAUUAAUCAAUGCAAUAUCUGCAUAUAAUUAUGUCAUAACAUUUAUGCAUAAAAAUGCUAUGUGCAUUAUGUUUAGACAGGCAAAUAGCGCCUAAUUUGAUACUGGAGGACAUAAUUGUUUGUACAAAAAGGGCCAUAACUCCUAACUGUUUGAACAUUCUAAUUAAAUAAUUAAAUAGUUUACAUAUCUACAUGCAUAUACUAUACUGAAAUUGAUAAAAAAUAUUUACAUUCACUAUGUGUUAAAUAGAAAGAAAAAAUUGUUUAUUUUCUUAUAAACAACAUUGGCAUUAUGAUAUCAAGAAUGGUCCUUUCCGUGAGAUUGCAUGUGCAGUCUGAUGUCAUUAACAAAAAAGGUGCCUUUGAAAAAAUCUUUCAAAACUGGACAUCAAAAUUUCAAAAAUAAUUAACAGUAAAUUUUAGCUAAAAAUAAUUUUUUCUCACAUUUAAUAAAGAUAAAAAAAUAAAUUGAUACAACUAUUACACUUUUUCAAUGCAUUUAACAAGAUCUUAAAUGAAAACCAGUAAAUGUACUUUUAUCAUGCAGUCUUGAUAUCCUGACAUUUAUUUUGAUUUUCUGGUACUCAAGGAAAGCUACUGUUAAAUGUAAAUAUUAAGAACUGAAUGCUAUUUUUGGUGUGUCUAUACAGAAUAUAAACCACAUUUGGACUUCUUUGCAAAUUAUCUAAGAAUCAUUAGUGUGAUUCAUGGAUUUGCAAUUAGUCCCAAUGCAGAUUAUACCUGAGUAUACCUGAGUAUAAACACAAAAGCAGCAUUCUUUAGUAAGGUACUAGGUAAAUGUCUGUAUAAUCUCAAGCCUAUAAUUAUACAACAUUUUCUUGAAAGGAGUUGAUUAUUAAGCUAUUUUUAUAUCAUCAUGUUAUCAUGAAGUAUAAAACAAUAUUAUUCUUGAACCUAAUGUUUAUUUCAAAUGACACGAAACAAAGUUUAACUUUAUUUCUUUGUACAUGAAAGCAAACAUGCCUAAACAUUUCAUGUACUAAAAUGUGAUAUACAGAAAGAUGUGACAUUUUUUUCAUUAAAUUUCUUUGUUAUUUUACAGUAAAGUGCUUAUCUAGUAGUUUAGCUUAGCUGUUUAUUUCAAGACUUUCCCACAUGUUUGCUUGACAGGUGCUACUUAUAGUAAUUAUUCGCUUUAAUUGUUUGUUUUUGUUUUUUAUUUGUUUUGCUGGACAUUACCUUUCCAGUUUUACUGGCUGAUCAGUUUAUUUUUAAAAUUAACUAUUCGUAAAUGCUUCUGUUGUCACUCUUUCUUAAGCAUCAGCAUUACAAAAGUUUUGCAUGUCAGCAAGUUUUAAAAACUACCUAGCCAAAUGCUUUCAAACUUCGCACAUGUCUUGGCAUCAUCAGGAACAUUUACAGGACAUGUUACAUGACUGAAGUUUUUAUUUUGUCACAACUAUGCCCCUUUUUAACUACGAAAUUUUGGUUAAAGCAGAUUUCUCAACAAAUACUAAAUGGAAUCUUUUCUAACAUCACAAUGUCUUUGGCAUCAUUAGAUGACCAGUAACAGGAAAAGUUAUGCCCCUCUUUCAACAUAGAAAACUUUGGUAUUCCUUUUGUACAUAAGCUAUGUGGAAAGAGUUGAGUGUGCUGUACUUAGAUAACUCUUGUUUAUAUUAAUUCUCAGUAAUCUUUGAAAGCACCAAUCAUUAUUAUGGUCCACAUACUGAUGCAUCUUGUUCAGAAAAUUGAAUAAAUCAAAAAACCAGGUAACAUUGUAUGUUUUAAGCUGCAUAUUUUAUCUUUUACUGGUCAGAUAUUAUGACAUUACACAUUUGUGUGCUGUUUCAAUCAGAAGUGCUUAUAUUUGAAAUACUCAGUUUCAUAUUAUCACAAGCUAAUGAAACAUUUUUCUCCGUAUCUUUCAGUCUGAUAUAUGACUUUAAAAAUAUUCAGUUUCUCAUUCUGUAAGAUUUCAAUAUCAUUUUGUAUGGAUUUUUAGUUGAAAAACAACUUGAUGAUAUCUUUGAUGAAGAUUUCCUAUGACCUUGGGAUACAGUUUUUUUUUACAUGUAUCAAUCAUUUAUUGAGUUUGUCAUAUUUCACUGCAUUUGCAUGAACAUCAAGAUUGACUGCAUAAUCAUGAUAUUAUUUAGCAACUGGUGAAUAGACCUAGUGACAUUUGUAAUAUUUCAAAUAAAUAUUUAUUUUAAAUGUUCCCUACUGCUAUAUGUUAAUCUGCUAUGCUGCAAAAACUGUACAGAUUUGAUAUCAGUAUAACAUGUAUGCAUUUCAAUGACAGUUUUCUACAGAAUUUCUACUUAUUUUGUAUUAAAAAAUAAACCCAAGUUAAUACAGGAUUAAAAACGUAGUUUGAAUGCGGUAUAAGACAGGCUGUGGAUCCGUAAUGGAAAUCAGCAAUUUCCAUGCAUUUAUGUAGUCUUUUUAGGCAAUUUGGCUUUCUUCAGGCAUGAAUGUAAGCUUAACAACAAUAUGGCUUUUGGUAAAAGCCAGAGAAUACCUAAUUUGUGCACAGUCAUUAAGGGUCCAUUAUCUAAAUUAAUUCAUUUUAAAACAGCAAACAUAACUGAGUAACGUUAAUUUAUUACAAUUUAGAGAGUGCACUUUAUAGGACAGAUUUUAGCAAAAUAGUUCUUAAGUUCGGAAUCAGUCAAUUUUGUUACCAUUGUAUGACCCCAGCAAGUUUUUUUUAAAUGAACAUGUACUUUAUUGUAUAAUCAUAUCAUUUAUGUACAUUUUUCUACCAUAAUAUUAAUCAAACAGCGGAUUAAUCUUAAAAAAAUUUGAUUGCUAUCAAAAUCAUAUCAGCCCAUACAAUCUUAGAUCUUUUGCUUAUGAUAGCCAAUACAUUCUUUUGUUAUAAAUAUGUUAAUGCUAAAUUGUUAAAGCUUUUAUAGUAUGUUCAUUCAGUUAUUAAAAUGCCUAUAUAAAACAGCUUUA